AUGGAUGAGGAAUAUGAUGUGAUCGUUUUGGGCACUGGACUGACGGAGUGCAUCCUGUCUGGGAUCAUGUCCGUGAAUGGAAAGAAGGUUUUGCACAUGGACAGGAACCCUUAUUAUGGCGGGGAGAGCUCCUCCAUCACACCACUGGAGGAGCUCUACAAGCGCUUUGGCCUGCCGGACAGUCCGCCAGAGUCCAUGGGCAGAGGAAGGGACUGGAAUGUCGACCUCAUCCCCAAAUUCCUCAUGGCCAAUGGCCAGCUGGUGAAGAUGCUGCUGUACACAGAAGUGACUCGCUAUCUGGACUUUAAGGUGGUGGAGGGCAGUUUUGUGUAUAAAGGAGGGAAGAUCUACAAGGUGCCCUCUACAGAAUCAGAGGCCCUUGCUUCCAAUCUGAUGGGCAUGUUUGAGAAAAGACGGUUCCGGAAGUUUCUGGUUUUUGUGGCCAACUUUGACGAGAAUGACCCCAAAACCUUUGAGGGAGUGGACCCUAAAACCACCACCAUGCGAGACGUGUAUAAGAAGUUUGACCUGGGACAAGAUGUGAUCGAUUUCACAGGCCACGCUUUGGCCCUCUAUAGGACAGACGAUUACCUGGAUCAGCCUUGUCUUGAGACCAUUAACCGCAUUAAGCUGUACAGUGAAUCACUGGCUCGCUAUGGGAAAAGCCCGUAUCUGUAUCCUCUGUAUGGGCUCGGAGAACUGCCUCAGGGAUUCGCCAGAUUAAGUGCGAUCUAUGGUGGAACUUACAUGCUUAACAAGCCAGUGGAUGAGAUUGUUAUGGAGAAUGGACGUGUGGUGGGGGUGAAGUCUGAAGGAGAGGUCGCUCGCUGCAAGCAGCUCAUCUGCGACCCCAGUUACGUCCAGGACCGUGUGCGCAAAGCUGGUCAGGUGAUCCGCGUCAUCUGUAUUCUCAGCCAUCCAAUCAAGAACACCAAUGAUGCCAACUCCUGUCAGAUCAUCAUCCCUCAGAACCAAGUGAACCGCAACUCUGAUAUAUAUGUGUGUAUGAUCUCAUAUGCUCAUAAUGUGGCGGCUCAGGGCAAGUACAUUGCCAUAGCCAGCACCACAGUGGAGACCAGUGACCCUGAGGCUGAGAUCCAACCCGCUCUGGAGCUUCUGGAGCCCAUAGACCAGAAGUUUGUGGCCAUCAGCGAUCUGUAUGAGCCGUCAGAUGAUGGAUCAGAGAGUCAGAUUUUCUGCUCUAGAGCGUACGACGCCACCACCCACUUUGAGACAACCUGCAACGACAUUAAGGAUAUCUACAAGCGCAUGACGGGAACUGACUUUGACUUUGAGAACAUGAAGCGGAAACAGAAUGACGUGUUCGGGGAAGACGAGCAGUGAGGGUGCGGGGACCGCACUGUGCGUGGGGGUGAAAGGUCGAACGAGGUUGAGUGACGGGGCGGGGCACAGGGUCAUCUCUGGAAAACGUAAAGGAGUGAGGAAAAGACAGAAGAGAAAGAAAGCAGGCAGAGCCUGAAUAGAAGUUUGACCCUGUAGAACAGAAUGCUGUUGUGAACCCUGGGACCCCCGUAGCCCACCCAGUUCUACCUUCACCUCACACAUGCAGACACAGACACAAACACUUAGCCUUCUCUCUUCAACUUUCCCUUUCUCAUCUUCUGCCUGUCUGCGCUGCACUCUUCAUGCUGUACAUUUCUGCCAUUUCCAUUUCUUUGUUUAGUUCCUUGUGGUUUGAGCGUUCCGUAGUGCACCGUGGUGAGAAAUGCGCUGGGCGGCUAUGGAUGGAUGCAGAGUUCACAUAUUUGGUUGUCCUAAAAUGGUUUUUUGAACUGGACGUUGCCGCAUACAGACCCCCCCCUUAGUGGCUUAUCUGAAAUGCUGAUAUGCAGCACAUUCUCGUAGACACAUAUAAAAUGACAAUUAUAAUUUUAAGACUUUAUUCAACACUUGCAAUGGUCCAUAUGUUAUAAUAUGUAAUACACUUAACGUGCAAUGUUUAUAGCUUACAUUAAAAGGGCAUUCCGGCUUAAAACUAACAGUAAAUAUGUUGUCACGUUAUGUAAUAUUCUUUAGCACAGCGAUAUAUCCCUCACCCUCCUUGGUUUGACAGAAAUUAUUUUGUAUCCUUCUAGUGGCUUCAUCCAUCAAUGUUCUUUCAUUGCAGUACCCAGCAUGCAUUACAUAAAUAUGUCAUGCAACCACUGGGAACCCUUAGCGAUAAAGAAGUCCACUGAUGUAGAGGCUAAUAAAAAAACAGAUGUUUCUAGCAGUAACCUGAGCUAUCUGCUUUAAAAAAAUUAUCUGCAUGUAGUGUUUGAAAAAGUCCUCCCACCUUCCAGAUACAUCAUCAGAAGGGGGAUUUUAUUGUUAAUCUGGAAAAUCUCGCUCUAGAGACUAUGAUGAUAUAGGAGAGAAGUGGGCAUUUUCACAACACAUAUAGCAAUGGUUACAUCUUUAAUUAUGGCUGGAGUGCCCCUUUAACCAUUUCAGAAAUCAGGAAAAUGAAGGAUUAGCAGAUUGUUACACGAAUCCUUGUCCAUCUUCAGAAGCAUUGACAUUUAAACACUUAGGCAUUGACUUUUCCCUGUAGAGCUCUGGCCUUCACACUCCUAGAAAGUCAUGCGUUUGUGAUUUCACACAUUUCCACCACGCUCUGCUGUAAAGAUGUUUGCUGUUGUUGUGACCAGCUAUAGUGACUGAUGAAAAUGGGUUCUCCAGGAAGAUGAAAAUGUGAAGUUUGUAGAAUAAGAUGCAUAAACAAGGAGAGUUUGGUGUUGCAAUGUCAGCUUGAGUCUGAUAUGUGGAAGGCCGCAUUAUAGUUAGGGUUAUGGUUGUGGUUAUGAUUAAAGGGGCAUUCCGACCUAUUUAAUAAGAUUAUUGGUCAUGUUAUGUAAUAUUCUUUAGGACAGCGUCGCACCCUUCAGCCUCAUCAGUUUGACAGAAUUCACAGUUUUGUAUCCUCUCACUACAGUACCCAGCAUGCAUUAUGUAAAAACAUCAUAUAAACAUUGGAAGCCCUCACAUACUGAUAAAGAAAACCUCUGAACUGGAGGAUAAAAAAUACAAUUGUUAUAUUUAUCUUCCUAGCAGUAAUGUUAGCAGUCUGGCUUUCUUCUGCAUUAGCUGGCUAGCCCAGUCUUUAAAAAGUACCUUCAAGAUACGUCAUCAGAAGGCUGUUAUUCUAGCCUUUAAACUGGAAAAUCUCACUCUAGAUGUUCCUGUGGCACCGCUGUGGGAGGCAAGUAGGCAUGUUUACAACGGAUGUAGAUGUUUGUCUGGUGUGCCCCUUUAAGGUAAUUGCAUUAGCCUGCUUUAAAAGCAAAACCAUCAGAAAGAGUGUGAUAAGCACAUGGGGGUGUUUCUGUGAUUGUAAGUGAGGCAGUAAGACAAAGGAAUGAAAAUUAGUAGAAGGAAAGUGAAAUGUGAAGUAGUGGAGAUGGAAAUGGAGUCACGUUUGGUGCAAAGUUAGAGGUUUUCUGUUUUGUGAUGUGGUCGAUUUGACUGUGCUGCAUCCCUCCCUCACUGGCAGACCUUUAACUGAACUUAAACUGUGAACUGUCAGGGUUUAUAAUUAGUUGCCAACUACAAGAGAUUUUCGUUUAGCUUCUUGUGUCCUAUUCCACCCUACAAACUCCUUUGUCACCGCCGACCAUUAGAGAUCCUUUGGCUGUGCCCUUGCUGUUGGCUGGAAAACCAGUUUUCCAAAUGCAAGCGCACUGGAAAAAGUGAUGAGUUGAAUUCAGUUCAAAUGUAUGGUUUGUAUCAGUUCCACAUGAAUAGAAGAUGCUACUACUGGAUAUUAAAUAUUCUUAUUGCCAGAAGUAAGUAAACUGAAAGAUGAAAUUGUGCUGACAUUUUAUUUUCUUUUAUUUUAUGUGGAAUUAUGUACAUUCAACAUAUUACUUUUUUCAGUGCAAUUCUGGAAACUUCUUAAAAGAAAGAUGAACUACAGAUGGUACCUGUGCAAUAUGAAUAGCUGCUGUGGAGGUGCUGUUUUGGCAUGUAAGUGAUGGUGUUUGAUCACAUUCCUUUUAAUAUUUUGCUAAUAAUUCAGAUUAAUCCCAAAAAAUUAGUAUCUCAGUCUAUAAUGAGAGAUUUCUAUGCCUCUAACAACACUGCCACAGUGUUCCAGUCCAACCUAAAGGGAAUAUAGCUGAACAUCUCCUUCUCAACCUGACAUUCCUUCAUGCCCAUAAUUUUCUCUCCCAUAUCCAUUUAUUUGUAUGAGUUUACAUCAUCAGAACGGUUGUAAGACUGAUACAGGUUGCAAGUUGCUUACUGCACAAAUGAGUAGUUUGUACAUGAGAGUAGUACAUUUGUUUGGCGAUCUUUUUGAGUUCCUGUAGUUUUGUAGGAUCGCUGAGCAGCAAACUCAGAUACAUUCCACAAAAGCCAAGCGAUGCACCUGCGGGUUUCGUUAUCUGUCACAGCCUGAUCUUAAAGGGGAAUUCCACUGAAAAGACUGGUUUCUUCUGCCGCCAUUACAUCAUGUGGAGACAUUGCUGGGCUGUUGUCCAGCAGUGAUUUCUUACAUUGCAGAAAAUCAUUUGAAUUUAUUAGCUGCACUUACCCUCAAUAUGCUUGUAGAUAUGACAUUUCUUGGUCAGUUUAGUUGCAUAAUGUAUUUGCUCUCUGUUCUUAUCUUCCGUAAUAUUGUAAAUAUAAGAUUAGUCAUUUUGCCUAGCUUGGAAAACACUAUAAACUACAACCACCAUGCUUCUGUGGUUCCGGUUAUGCUUGUUGAAAUGGGAGUGUUGCUAGUCUUUGAAAGUUUGCAUGAGUUAGCUAAAAAUGCCAAGAUGUUUUUGAAUUUAUCCACCCGAGCUUUUCUUUUUUGGUGCUGUACAAUGCGUUUGGGUUAUCUUUCCUACUGCGGCGAGCGAUUAACAGCAUCUAGGAAUAUCUCCAAUAGAUAACCAAUGAAACGUCUCAUCUGUUAGCAACAGUCAGAAUCUGAGAACCACACCAGAGUGGCAAAGUUUUAAGUUAAGGAACGUCUAACCGCGUCUAAGCAGAGCUAUACAAUGUUGUUGGAUGUGCUAGGACAAAAUAAACCAUUGAAAUACAAAAAUGAUCACAGUCACACUCAGACAAUAGGCCUUCAUGCGUGCACGAACAUCUUCAUUUAGAUAUUUUGUCGAAUCCCAAAGCUCAUGGAAGUUGUACUCAAUUAUUCAUAGUCAGUUAUUCGUGAGCUAUAACCACACAAUGCGUGAGAUAUGCAACAUUUCCUCACUGCCCAAGUCAAAUGCUCAACAUCGCCAUGUGAGCUGCUAUACAAGUUAAGUUUGUGUGUUUAUGGUAGUUGUAGUCCAUCAGGUAAAAUAAACGCUAGAUGUAAACUAAUGGCCUGGCGAUGUACAAAUGCUUGAAAGUUGUUUAGAAUUGGUUGCAUUUAAGAAUUUACUGCUUGCCUGGUAAAAAUAAUAAGGCCUACUAAACACAUCUGUGGGUUCGAAAGCUGAUAUGCCCCAUGCUGUCUUUGUUGUCUUUAGCCUAUUUACUUUUUUUAGCACAAAAUAAGCCAGUUAAAUUAAAAAUGGCAUAUUAAAUUACAAUUAGUCUUAACUUUUAGGUAAUAAACUUUUCUUCUCCCGUUUUGAGAUGUUUGACUCCAAUCAUACAUGCAUUACUGUUGGUGUGGGUUUCCCUACAUAUAGCCCUGCUAAUCUGUUCAUUCGUGGCAGCACCUAACAGGAGGUUAGUUCCAGUCAAAAAAGACCAGGCUCCUGUCUCUUUGAAUGAGGAAAAAUCUGUAAAUACAUUUGAAAUCACUGGUAACAUCUGAUAAAAAAUAUCAUAAAUAUUUUGUAGUGUUUGGCUUAAAUAACGCACAAAAAGUGUUUUUUCCCUAGAGUGUGUCUUAGCUGUUACGCAUGUGCAUCUCCAUAUCCCACCACUUAUGCCAUUACCAAUAAGAUGAUUGGCUGGUUUUUUUUUUGAAGGGCGAGACUUCUCGUAAUACAGCCGCCAUGUACAAACUAUACCAUUCAUUUUUCAACCAGCGAACUCCUAUUAUAAUGUCUGUAUAUUAAAAUGCACUCAUUGCAAUUGGCUAUGCAUUUAUGUUUUGUUUACAAUCAAGAAGUGUCGGCAAGAAAAAUGCUAAAAUGCUUGUACCAACGUGGAGCAGCGAAUUUAAUUAUAGAACCUGUUUACUCACUGUAAUUUCUAGAAUUCUGUAACUUCUAGAAUUUUGGUGGAAUUCCCCUUUAACUUUGCCUUAAAACUGGACCAUUAUGAUAACAUCACCAGUCUUCUCAUGAGCCUUUUCAAACCCAAACUCACCUACAAACCUUACACGUACAUCUUCUCUGAAAAAGGCAAGCCUCUUUGUUGCACUUUGUAAUGGUCUUAACUUGGUCUGUGUUUACUUGUGAAAGAGUGGUGAUGUCACCGUGUGGUAAAUGUGUGAAGUCUAUGUGCCUGGAGAGUAACUCAAACGACUGGAAACUAAAGUUCCUUUUUUUUGUUUUACUUAUUUUUUUCUCAUAGAAGCUGCGUUUGGAAUGUGUUUUCCAUCCUUAUAUUUACUUCUUGAUAACCCAUUGAUUUCUAUUUAUUUAAAUUAAAAUCAAUUUUUUUUUUUUUAUCUCAUUUUGUGCCAUGUUCUUUGGUUUAGAAGGACAAGCAGAAAAUCAACAGUGACACAAUCUAUCUUUUAACUGACCUAACAUAAUAUGACUGAUGAGUAGUUGGCCCGUGGGUCUUCUCUGAAAAACUAGUGUGUGAACAUUACCUAAUGUCCUCUUCGAGUAAAUUAAACAGAUGUAUGAAUUAAAACAAUAUGAAACAAUAAAGGCACAUGAAAAACUG